AUGGUUGGCAUAUUGCAGCAUGUAAAUGAUAAGUUAACACAUAGUGAUGGAGCAAGCAUAUUGUGUAAGUAUGGCGGCCUAAUGAAGAACUUUAUAGAGAAUGUGUAUGGAAUUAACACGAAUCUUAGCGGCAGAGAUAUUAUGACGGGCCAGAAUGAAGCUGCUAUGAAAUCAUACAUUGAGGCAAUACUGAGGAAGGUAAAGGAGGUGCUAGCAAAAGAAGCUUAA